CCGACGUCGGCCUUUUUUUUUUUUUCCCUGGGUGCCAAGAAAAGAAAAGAGUCACAACCGUGUCGGAGCAGCAUCAUAAUCUAACCCAAUCGUAGUGACUCAAAACAACUACUACACCUGCGACAGGCCAGGUGUCUUUCCAUACAUACUCAAGAAGUCACCGGGGCUCGAUCGUGCAUCAAUACGCCUGCUCUUUCUCGAAUCCUUCGUCCUUGUUCUUCCACAAUGGCUGCGACUUCCUUCGUCAUCCGGACUCCCUGUUCUUCCGCCAACAUCGGACCUGGUUUCGAUGUGAUCGGUCUGGCAUUGUCACUGUACAUGGAGCUCCAUGUCACAGUUGAUACCUCAAAAUCAUCCCAAGAGCCACUCAACUGUCUCAUUACUUAUGACGACCAGAGCAACAGUACCGAGAAGAUCAGCUUGGACCCGGAGGUGAACCUGAUAACCCGCGUAGCACUAUACGUACUUAGAUGCCAUAACCAGAGGGCAUUCCCUGCUGAGACCCGUGUGCAUAUCGUAAACCCGAUCCCUCUGAGUCGGGGUCUCGGUUCGUCGGGCACUGCUGUUGUGGCUGGUGUAAUGCUGGGAAAUGAGGUAGGUAAGCUUGGUCUCAGCAAGGAUCGGCUCUUGGAUUAUUGCUUGAUGAUCGAACGACACCCCGACAAUGUCGCUGCCACUCUCUUCGGAGGCUUCGUUGGCACCUACCUUAACGAGCUGGCGCCCGAAGACGUAGCGCGCAAGGAGAUCCCUCUCAGUGAAGUCCUUCCCGCUCCGGCCGGUGGCAUUGACACCGGAAAGAGGCCCCCCGAGCCCCCUCUCGGAAUCGGCCAUUACAGAAAGUUUCAAUGGGCCAAAGAGAUCAAGGCAAUUGCUAUCAUCCCCGACUUUGUGGUGCCAACUGCCAAUGCCCGAAAUGUUUUGCCUGCUUCCUAUUCGAGAGCGGACGUUGUCUUCAACCUCCAACGCGCUGCCUUGCUCCCUGCAGCUUUGGGCAGCUCUCCGCCGGAUCCAGAUACCAUCUACCUGGCCAUGCAAGAUAAGGUCCACCAACCAUACAGACAGACUCUUAUCCCCGGCUUAACGGAGAUUCUUCAAUCAAUGAACCCACGUACGCAACCGGGUCUCCUCGGAAUCUGCCUGUCAGGUGCGGGGCCAACCAUCCUGGCCCUGGCGACAGAUAGAUUCGAGGAGAUUGCAGAGCGCAUCAUCUCUCGGUUUGCUUCCAAUGACAUCGCCUGUCAGUGGAAGCUGCUCGAGCCCGCUCAGGAGGGUACCACCGUGCAAUAUUAAGAAUCAUAUUCCGGCUGCAAUAAGAUGAAAUUUCCUCGAUUAAGUACAGGAAUAAAGUGAUGGGGAUGAAGAUGACCGCUAUUUUUGAUGAACAUGGUUCCAUGGAGAAAUGCUUGGGAGUCCUUUUCUAUAUUUGGUAAAUAUAAUAGAUGUGCCUCCCAGUAAUCGCUCAUGCUCAUAUAUCCCUGUAUUUUUCUUUUCCCGUCAGCCUCUAGCAUGUCAAUCUUAGAAAGUCGGAUCAAC